GAGGUUGAAAAUGGGCGUGGCUUAGCAAGUGACAGCAUACAGAAAACUUUGUUAGCUGCCUGCUAACUUUACUCUACCAUCUGUUUGGUAUGUCACUUUCUUGAAGGAGCGCACCAGAAGUCCUCGAAAAGAUGGACCACCAUGACGAGGAUGAUGGGACUAUGUGCAAAUGGCCAAGUGUACUUAACCAAUACAGCAAAAGUGACCUCACAGCACGAGUGCAAAAGUUUGUGGAAGAGAGGAUGCAGACCACCAUGCUCACUGGUGCACUGAUUGGAGCUGCAGUCGCUGUCUCGCUCAUUGGGAUUGUGGUUCUGCUCCUGUACAGGAGGUUUAAGCUUGCUCGACAACAACAGCCCGGUGUACCACACUACCGAUUCAGAAAACGGGACAAAGUGCUCUUCUAUGGAAGGAAGAUAAUGCGAAAGGUCCAGACGCUGUCCUCGAUUCCUCCCCCUUCCUCUACCUCAGUAUCAAAGCAACCCCAGCGCAUACGCAAAAGAACCAAAGUUCUAAGCAUAGCCCGCAAAAUCUUGAGGAUCCGUAAAGAUCCUCCCACACUGCAGCCAAAGGAACCUCCUCCUUCCCUGCUGGAGGCAGACCUAACAGAGUUUGAUGUGCAGAGUUCAAACCUGCCCUCAGAGGUCCUCUACAUGCUGAAGAAUGUUAGGGUCUUGGGUCAUUUUGAGAAACCCCUCUUCCUCGAGCUGUGCCGCCAUAUGGUGUUUAUUGAGCUGCAGGAAGGUGAAGGUCUUUUCAGGCCAGGAGAUGACGAUGAUAGCAUUUACGUGGUACAAGAUGGACAACUGGAGCUCAGCAUCCAGGAGAACGAUGGUACAGAACCAGUUGUAAAGGAUGUGCACCCGGGAGACAGCGUCCACAGCCUGCUCAGUAUUCUGGACAUCAUCACUGGUUACCCAGCUCCAUAUAAGACUGUCUCUGCACGGGCCGCAACUCGCUCAACCAUCUUACGGUUACCUGCAUCAGCCUUUGAGUCGGUGUUUAAGAAGUACCCAGAAACACUUGUUCGCGUCAUUCAGAUAAUCAUGGUGCGCCUCCAAAGAGUCACCUUCUUGGCGUUACAUAACUAUCUGGGCCUCACAACUGAGCUCUUCAAUCCGGAGAGUCAGGCAGUGCCCUUGACAAAUAUAAAUAGCAUGAUGGCAGAGGCAAAUUCUGUGAAGGCGCCCCGUCGUUUGCACUUUCAGGACGAGUUACCUGCCGGGACCAUGGAGAGCCCCACAGAGACAGAUGGUGGAAAGGACAGCCCUUCAAACAGCUACAGGAAGCUGCGAUCAACAUCUAUGCCCACCGACUGCGCAGGUAAUGACCUGAACAUGGCUUGUGAGCGAGCUCGUGUCACAAUAGAAGAGGCUCCAUCUAGUCCCGUCAUCACUCCCAAAUCCAGCCUGAAGAAGAGUGUGACAAUGCAGCACACUCCCUCUGAAGUGUUUCACUACACGGACAGUGGGGGGCACUCUGAUGCCAUCCACCUCAGCAAGAGCUCCACAAUUCUCCAGGCUGCCAAGAAAGACCUACUGGGCAUCAUCCAGCUGCAGGACCCCAGUCUGCUCGAGGGCAGAGUGACUCUCCAUCAAGUCAAAGCUGGUUCUGUGGUGGCUCGUCAGGGAGACCAGGAGGUGAGCAUCCAGUUUGUCAUUUCUGGCCUCCUCCAUGUUUACCAGCGGAUGAUUGACCGUGAAGAAGACACGCGUCUGUUUGUGACGCACCCAGGAGAGCUUGUCGGUCAGCUCGCUGUCCUGACUGGGGAACCGCUCAUAUUCACCGUUCGAGCCCAGCGGGACUGCAGCUUCCUCUCCAUUUCCAAGACCCAUUUCUAUGAGAUAAUGCGAGUGGAGCCAAAGUUUGUGCUGAACGUGGCUCACACUGUGGUGAGGAGAAUGUCCUCUUUCGUCAGACAGAUUGACUUCGCUCUGGACUGGAUGGCUGUGGAAGCUGGUAGAGCGGUCUACAGGCAGGGAGAGAAGUCUGACAGUACUUUUAUAGUGCUAAGUGGUCGACUGCGUUCUGUCAUCCUAAAGGAAGACGGCAAGAAGGAGCUGAUAGGAGAGUACGGCCGUGGGGACCUGAUUGGAGUGGUGGAGGCCCUAACCCAUCAGAACAGAGCCACCACAGUGCACGCUGUACGAGACUCUGAGCUGGCAAAGUUACCAGAGGGAGCUCUCAGCUCCAUCAAGAGGAAGUUCCCACAGGUUGUUACCAGGUUGAUCCACUUAUUAGGACAGAAGAUCCUCCAACAGGUUAAUGGUCCUCUGACAGCUCGCAGCUUGGCUCUCCACACCCCAGGCAGCAAGUGGGAUGCAGGGAACCAAGCCUCCAACCUCUCCACUGUGGCAGUCCUGCCUGUCUCUGAAGAAGUACCUCUCACUGCCUUCACCCUGGAGCUGCAGCAUGCACUCAUCGCAAUAGGUCCCACUCUGCUGCUGACCAGUGACGUCAUUAAACAGCGGCUUGGGGCUGCAGCCCUAGACAGCGUGCAUGAGUACCGUCUGUCCAGCUGGCUGGGCCAACAGGAAGACAUCCAUCGCAUUGUCCUUUACCAGACUGACUACACACUGACCCCGUGGACACAGCGCUGCAUCCGUCAGGCUGAUUGCAUCAUCAUAGUGGGACUUGGAGAGCAGGACCCAGCUGUUGGGGAGCUGGAGCGCAUGUUGGAAGCAAGCGCGGUGCGGGCCCAGAAGCAGCUGGUGCUGCUGCACAGAGAAGACGGCCCCCCACCCAAAGGAACUGUAGACUGGCUUAACAUGCGAAGCUGGAUCUCCAGACACCUCCAUCUCUCCUGUCCUCGAAGGGUUUUCUCUAAGAGGAGUCUGCCCAAACUGUUGGAGUUGUAUCAACGUGUGUUUGAGAAGCCAGCAGACCGACACUCAGACUUCUCCCGCCUGGCUCGAGUCCUCACAGGAAAUGCUAUCGCCCUUAUCCUGGGAGGAGGAGGGGCCAGAGGCUGUUCCCAGGUGGGAGUAUUGCGUGCUUUGUGCGAGGCUGGCAUCCCAGUGGAUCUCAUAGGCGGCACCUCCAUUGGAUCCCUGAUGGGGGCGCUUUAUGCUGAGGACCGUAGCCACAGCCGCAUGAGGAUGAGAGCUAAAGAGUGGGCAAUGGAAAUGACAUCCGUGUUUAAGAAGGUUCUGGAUUUGACAUACCCAGUCACCUCCAUGUUUUCCGGCGCUUCCUUUAAUUCCAGCCUCAGCAAUGUCUUCAAGAGCAAACAGAUUGAGGACCUUUGGAUCCCUUAUUUCAAUAUUACAACUGACAUCACUGCCUCGGCCAUGAGGGUACACACUGAUGGUUCCCUGUGGCGAUAUGUUCGUGCCAGCAUGUCUCUGUCUGGAUACCUGCCCCCUCUCUGUGACCCCAAAGAUGGACACCUGCUGAUGGAUGGAGGCUACAUCAACAACCUGCCAGCUGAUGUGGCGCGCUCCAUGGGGGCCAAAGUGGUGAUAGCAAUCGACGUGGGCAGCCGGGAUGAAACCAACCUCACUAAUUAUGGCGACUCACUCUCUGGCUGGUGGCUGCUAUGGAAACGCCUCAACCCCCUGGCUGAGAAAGUAAAGGUGUUGAACAUGGCAGAGAUUCAGACUCGGUUGGCCUACGUGUGCUGUGUUAGGCAGCUGGAGUCUGUGAAGAACAGCGACUACUGCGAGUACAUCAGACCCCCGAUCGACAGAUACAGGACUCUGGAGUUUGGAAAGUUUGAUGAGAUUGCUGAGGUUGGAUACCAGCACGGAAAGACUGUGUUUGACGUGUGGAGUCGCAGCGGAGUGGUGGAGAAAAUGAUGAAAGACAGACACCAGGAGGAGUUUCAUAACACACAAAGCAAGAACAAUGUGGUGACGUGUCCCAAUGCCUCCUUUACUGACUUGGCGGAGAUUGUGUCCCGCAUUGAGCCUGUCAAACCUCCUGUGGUGGAUGAAGAGUCAGACUACCACACUGACUAUGAGGAGGAGGCACUGGAGAGCGCUCUGUCUGACUUGGAGCAAUACAAUCAAUGCCACGAAGAGCACACAGAAGGGGAGGAGACAGCUGACACGGAUGAAGAGCUGGAAGAAAGACGUUCACGCCACAUUACCUCACUCACCAGCAGCCACUCUCAAUCUUCCUCCGUCUCGGACAGUCCACUGCACGUGCGGUCAAACCAGGAAGUCCUUUCCAAACAGUCCAUUAAGUGAAGAGCGGCCCUGAUGAACCUUUCUCCAACAGGUCAUCACUAUGUAACAAGCCUGUCUCUCCACCCUCCAGUCCGUCCCACAUGACUCCAAACCCGUCCCCUGACCCUGACACUGUCAGUGUGACUGAUAGCAUUUAGUCCUCUGUAACCCGGCCUCAUUAGCUGUGUGGCUGACACAACAACAGACAGUCCCCUAAAACAAAAACUCAGUACAGGGAGCUUGUAUGAAAUGUUCUCAUCUGCAGGUCCUAUACACUCCUACAAAACAUUAGCAGCUAUAAUCGUUUCUCAUAUUGAGACAGCCAAACUCUUUCUGCUUUACAUAAAUCAUAACAGAACAGUGUAAGAUGGGAAUUAUCAGUAAAGAGUAGAUAUUAUUUCCAUGAAAUAUUUAUUUUAAGUAUUAAGGUCAAACGUCCAAUCUUUGUUACUUAGAAUUAGAAAGCAGAAUUUAGGUGUAGGUUUGAUGGAGUUAACUUCUUUCACAAGACUGCUAUUUAGACACGUUGAUAGUUCUGAUACAUUCAUCUCUGAGACUUCUGCCAAGCACAAAAUUGCCAGCAUGCUCAAGAGAUGGAAAGAAAAAUUACAUUUCUGCCUCUUUUUUUUUUGGCUAACUUUACAGUUUUCUUUUUAAAUUUGGCUGUUGACACUUCUGCUGUCUGAGGAAAGAGUCCAAGGAGGCAAAUCACAGAAGUCCACAAGUCCUCUCCACUAGAAGAGUAUAGAUUGGCCAAAAGUAGUUGUGACUUUAUUAAAGGGUAAAAAGACAAACUGUAGAAUAACACAACUCUUCAUACUAUGCAGAACACUAUCAUAGAUAGAUUUACUGUCAGUAAAAUGGCUUAUUGAGGUCUCAGAGUCAGUGAUGAUCUGACUUUGACAGACUGCAGCAUUCUUCUCAAUGAUAGCUAAAAGUAGUUUUUCAACCUCGUGAGCAAUCUUUUUGGGAUGCAUCAACAAUCCUAGGACAACUAUCUGCAUGUCAGUGUAUAUCACUAUGAGACAGUUAGACCAGCACAUUAGCUUUCUUUCAGGUACACCUUUGCAAUGCGAUCUAGUUCAUUGCAUUAAUGCUGCCACUGUACCUUUCAUUACAAAGUGCAACCUGUUUUUGGUGACAGGUUUAGAAAUCAGUAAAUGAAAUCAGAUGUUAAAUUUUAGGGUUAGAGUUAGAAGUAAUGUUACUUGACUACAUAAUAUUGAGAGUUUUUUCUAAGUGUUUGACCUCUCUACUUAUAUUUACAUGUUGAAAAGCUCUCAGUUAAUGCAGCACAACACAGCCUUCUAUCUGGCCCCAUUCAAAAGUUUGGCUACGCCACUGGUCAAACAGGAGUGGCAUUAAGUUUGUGUGUGGACAAGAGACAGGGGACUUAAGUUUGACUUGAGACUUGACUCAAACUCGCCCACAAAGACAAGAGACUCAGACUUGAGAUUUGGGACUCAUGAACAAUCUUUUUGUUUUGUAUUCCUCACAAUUUAGGUCUGGAUGUCAUUCCCUCCCAUCAUGUGUAACCUUUGGCAUCUGGUGUGCGAGCGGCAACACCCCACACCAUGGCGGGCGCAUCACCUGCAGCUGCUGCAGUACAGUGUUUCCCACCACAUAGACUAUACCUGGGCCAGCUGCCAAAGUAUCUUUACUGACCUUUGUUAUUGUUGUGUUUAUUUUUUUCCAUUCAUACACUAUCGCUUUCCCUGACCAGUAAUUGAGCGACUACCCCGUGCUCUGUAUACUAGUAUAUUUCAAAUAGAGUCAGAUACAUGUUCUAGUGAUCAGAGAGAGUGAGAGACAGACAACCUCAUUACAUCCCUUCUCUUAACGCGGUUUGUGUUGUGCACCUGGUUGCUGCUGGUGAUAUUCUGAUCUCUCAUUUAGGGUCGUUAUUAACAAGCCUCCUACACACAUGAAUCAUCUGUUGUGAAACAUUUCAAACUAUGAGUUGUGUUAUUUAGCCGUCUUUAUAUGUAAUGUAGUGCUCAUGAGUAUUGUCUGUUGUCAGACAUGGAUAAAGGCAUAAAGAAAUGGCAGGGUGGGACAUGUUGCUGCUAUGUCAGGGGCGAAUUCAGGGGAUAGCUAGGGGUUGCUAUGCUCCCCCAGGUCAAAAAAGUCUGGCUCCACCCCGCCCUUGCAUGUUUGCAUAAUAGAACAAUAAUGCACAUUUAAUUUAUAAACAAACCUAAUAAUAUAUACAAACUUAAAUUCCAUGGGGUAAUGUGUUUUCAAUUGAACAGAACGUCCCAUUUUAUGACCAGAGCAUUUGUAUUUUAAAUACUCUAUUAAAGCCAUGUGAGACUUGACUGGGACUUAAAGACUUUAAACUUGACAUGGACUCUUGAGCAGGGACCUAAGACUUGACUUGGACUCACCAAUAGUGGCUUGUGCCAAUAUCUGCUGAGGGCACUUAAUGAAUAGCACUUAUUUCCCCCUUCUAUCACCAAUCAUCAGACUUUAACUACUUACAGUGACUUAUCCAACAGAUUUCCUAUUCCCUUCUACUUUACUUUUUGUGUUUUAUGUUAAAGUAACACAACAUUUGAGCUUAUAUUUUGAACAAUUAAAGCAGGAUGUUUGUCCAAAGCCGUGAUCUGAACUGAAGUGUAAACUAAAGUAAAAUAUGCUACGUUGAAAUGCUUAGACAGCUGCUCGAGUCAUUUGUCACACAGCCCAAAGAGUUUAUUUUAACUUAAACACCACCUCUGACAAGGCAUUUCAUGUUUAGGAUGUUGGGGUGGCCAAUCAGAUUUUAAGGGGGGCCAUGGCCACCCCAUGGAUCUGCCACUUUGUACUGACAUAUUUAUUUCAGUUAAAACCUCUGUUACAGUUAUAAAGACUGUCAAAGUAGACGUAAUGGUUGAACAUAUACUGGAUUGUAUUAGAUUGUACGGACAUGUAACAAACUGACGCAGUGUUGGCUCUCUGAGUAAGCUUAACCUUUCAAUGUAAAUAUGCUAUUUAUGCGGUUGUAUUAGAGAAAUCUGAACCCGCCCUUGUAAGUUUUGUCGACUCAGUCUCUGUAAUGAUCUUCGCCAACAAUCGCUUCCAAACAAACUCAUUUAAUUCCAGAAAGAGCUAAACAAGCAGCUCACUGUGCGGCUGUGGCUUUCAGCUCAGUUUCGUUGGACCCAGUGUGCCAGGGACAUGGAGGGGAGUGAUGAUUGCAAUCCACUUCAAAGCUCUGGUUUCUCCCUCAGCUGGCGAGUCAGCCCCCCUCAUCUGUUUUCUGGCUUGAAUCUAUCAGACUCAGAAGGAGCAGCAGACAGUGAGGAUCUGUUGGCUGAACUCUGAAGCUGCAACUUGUUUCAGUUCAGUUUAUGUACAGGAGUUACUUGCAGCAGGAGGAGGGUAGUUUUCACAGGAACAUGUUGUAGCACAAGUUAUUUGGCAUGCUAAGAUGUGAUUCAACUUUUGGGAUUUAUCUAUUUGGGAUCAGAUUUCUCUUUCAGAAUUCAUGCAAAGUUAAGUUGUCUAGAUUUGUUGCAUUUAUUAUUCUUAGUCAAAACAGUACAUUGAUGGUUUUGUGUUGUAAACUAUAUCACUCCAGCCCUGGACACGUUUAGGAUGCCACAAAAGCCUGACAAUCAUUCCAGAUAUGAAAUGCAGGGUACUACAAAUAGCUUACAAUUUAAUUUAUAGCCUUAUAGCCUUAUUUAUCAUGCUUCACAGUCACAACUGGGGCUGCAACCCACAAUUAUCUUCAUAAUAUGCAAGUGCAAUGAUUAUAUAUAUUUUUUCAUUUAACUAUUAACAUUUGGGUCUAUGUAAUUCAGUAAGUGAAUAUCCAAAUUGCCCACAGCAUCAUAUUUACACUGUUCUUUUUCUGCUUUUAGAGAAAGAAUAAAAGCUCCACUCAAUUCUCUUCUUCUAUAUGAAGAAAGAGUCUUGGCAUCCGAAUCCUUUGAUUUUUCAUUGCAGCCAUUAAGAUCAAUCUGACUGUCAUUGUUAGAAUAUCAAUGCAACUUGUUUAUGAUCUAAUUGCCUUCACAGUUGAUUAAGCCCCCUGUAUGAAGCUGCUAUCUGAGCUCAUACUGGUGCUACAGCGCCUGCAGCCUUACAUAUGUAGACAGUAGGAGGGGCCCUGUGAUAAACACUAGUGGGAUCCCAUGUGGUGUCGGAUAAACACAACCUGAACGCAGAAUGAGAGAGAAAGGCAGAAACAGGAAAAAGUUUUCACUCUACUCAUGAGGUAAUGGUUUUGCACUGCUGUUUUCUUUUUCUUUUUUCUUUUGACUUUUGGGAGGUUUCCAGAAAGCGAGCACAAUGAAUUGAUGUUGUCUGGCAGAAUGAAUGUUUCACCUCUUUAUAAAAUGAGACGUUGUAAUGGAUGAGGGGCUUAUGCAAUGUGUGGAACUGUGCCACAGAGUUAAUAUAACAAAGCCUUAGAUGACGUGAUAGAAAAACUACCACUUGUGCCCUGAUUUUGGCAUACGUUUUGAUUAUUCACAAAGAGCUAUGAAUGAAGUUUACCUUUAUGCCUGACUGUACAAUAUCUAUUACUUGUCUAAAUAUCUUUGUUAUAAGAUAUAUAUGUUUUGAUAGUUGUUACUAAUAAACUACUGUUUCUCUG